GUAGUGGAAAGAGUGGUUUGAGCCCUGUGCGGUAAGUAAUGAGAAGAAAGAGGCUGACUUAGGAAGACGAAGGGUACACGUGGGCCUAAAGCUACCCGGCACGCCUUCUACUGCAGUGCCCAACAAGGAAGGCGUAUGCAUAUAAAAUCUGGUCCCCAUCAGCCCUACAGGCACCAGUCGUCACCAGUCUUCUCAGAGCCAUCACCACCAUGAAGCCACUGUGCGCUGUCGCCCUGCUGGCGCUUUGCGCCGUCGCCUCUGCCGCUGGCAAGAAGAAGGAGAAGGUUGAGGGCCGUGGCGCUCUCCUCGGAGCUGGAGUGGGGGGCUGCUGCCCCUGCACCGGUGGUCUUGGAGUCGGUGGCGUGGGCCUAGGCGGCGGCCUCGGCGGCGGCUUCGGCAGCGGCCUCGGCGGAGGCAGCCGUUACAGCAGCGGUAGCUACAGCUCAGGCUCGGGCUAUGGAUCUGGUGUCGGCGCGGGUGCUGGGCUUGCCUCAGGUGCUGCACUUGGCUCAGGCGCCGGACUCGCAUCAGGUGCUGCACUUGGCUCAGGUGCUGGGCUUGCCUCAGGUGCUGCCCUUGGCUCAGGUGCCGGACUUGCGUCCGGCGCUGCCCUUGGUUCAGGUGCCGGACUUGCUUCCGGCGCUGCACUUGGCUCUGGCGCCGGACUUGGCUCUGGCGCUGCACUCGCCUCAGGUGCCGGAGUUGGCUCUGGCGCUGCACUCGCCUCAGGUGCCGGAGUUGGCUCUGGCGCUGCACUCGCAUCAGGAGCUGGACUCGGUGCUGGGGCUGCCGGCGCUGGUCUCGGAGUCGGAGGAGCUGGCGUUCCACUGGCAAGCCCCGGAGUAGGCCUUGGCGUUGGCGGCGUCGGUCUCGGAGGUGGUUUCGGAUCGUCCUCGGGCUACUCUGGCUUCAAGCAGGGCUCUGGAUUCAACAACCAGGCAGGAGCAAACAAGGCUGGUCAGGGAAGCUUCGCAUACAACGUCGGUGGCUCGGACAGCAACAAGUAUGGCCACAGUUCCUCAUACGGAGAUUCCAAGAGCUUCGGCCAGAGCGCUAGUGAGGGCUUCAACCGUGCUUCUGGCCAAGGAAGCCACGGUAGCUCGUUCAACAAGGCUGCCGGUGGAUCCGGAGCCCAGAGCUCCAGCUCUGGCACCAAGGUUGUCGCCUCUGGUUAAGCACCACAAGAAACGCCUGUGAUUCUUGUGCCCCUCCUUUACACUCAGAUGGUUGCUGAACGGCUGGAAAACAACGGCUUCAAGAUGUUACGUUUAGAUGUCGGUGAAGUGAUAGCGUG